GUGCAGCAUGCUAGAUCCUGAGGGCAGUGUGGAGCACAAGCCUUCCUCUUCCUUCCCUAAAGUUUUUCUCAUUCCUCUAGCCAUGCUCCUUGCAAUUACAGCACUCCUGCUCUUAGCAUUUUCCGCUACUCAGCAGAAAGAGACUGAUUUUUACACUUUUAAAGUUGUAAACAUCAGGGGCAAACUAGUAUCUCUGGAGAAAUACAGGGGCUCGGUGUCGUUAGUUGUCAACGUUGCAAGUGAGUGUGGGUUUACAGAUAGUCACUACAAGGCCUUACAACAGUUACAGAAAGAUCUUGGCCCAUAUCAUUUCAAUGUGCUGGCAUUCCCAUGCAAUCAGUUUGGGCAGCAAGAACCAGACACCAACAAAGAAAUAGAGAGUUUUGCACGAAAGACUUAUGGUGCCUCCUUUCCUAUGUUCAGCAAAGUUGCGGUCAGUGGAGCUGGUGCAAUUCCUGCCUUCAAGUACUUAAUUGAUUCUACUGGAGAAGAACCAACCUGGAACUUCUGGAAAUACUUAGUAGACCCCAAUGGGAAAGUAGUAAAGGCCUGGGACUCUACUGUCUCUGUUGAAGAAAUAAGACCUCAUGUUACAGAACUUGUAAGGAAAAUCAUCCUGAAGAAAAAAGAUGAACUGUGACUUUCAAAAAUCAUAGCAGGUCAAUUACAUCUUUAUUGAUAAUUAGGACAGGGCUUUGUCUUUUCACAUUCCAAAAGAGAAUAUGCAGAAGGGAAAACAUGACCAGCAGAACUGAUAUUCACCACCUUCAGAAUGCAGAAAACAAAUUUAAAUUUUAAUUACUUUUUAAUUUAAUUUUUGCUAUCUCCACAUGGAGAUAUUUGGCCCUUCCAAGAAAGAAGACCUCAUCAGCAACUUUUUAAUUGCCAACUCAAAUUAUUUUUUGUUUAUAACACUACAGAAAGCUGGUUAAUGUACCUCUAGCAAAGAGGCUCAGAGUAACAAGAAUUUCCCAGUUGGGAUCUUCCCAACAUCUAAAAUUCUGUUGUCAUAUUUUGAUCACAACCUAAAUGAAAAAAAAAAAGCAUAAAAAGUGUGUGAUUGAUUUAAGGCAUGUGCUAGGAAGAAGGCAAAAACAGAUACCUCCAGUCCAAACCAACUUUACUGUAUGUUUUUCUAGUUAUGAAGGUCAAACAUCUUAUUUCAUCUACCUGGAAAGUCAGUUAAGGGCCUGAGGAAAACAUAUCCAUAGAACUUAAAAGAAACAGAAUAAAAGUCUCUGUAAAAACUCUCUAAAA